AUGGCUAUUCUGUACUUUCAUUUGCUUGUGGGGAAUCUUCUAGAAAGGAGCUCACUGCCUCUUUGCUUCCUGACCAUGACACUGGUGUUCACCUUGAUCUGUGGGGUGAUCCAUUUCCUGAGAGGAACCGGAGCCCAGCAGGUGACCCAGCCUGACGGCCACAUUGCCGUCUCUGAAGGAGCCCCCCUGGAGCUGAGGUGCAACUAUUCCUAUGGUGGAAGUCUUUAUCUCUUCUGGUACGUCCAGUACCCCCGUCAAGGACCUCAGCUCCUUCUGAAGUACACAUCAGGGCCCACCCUGGUUAAAGGCAUUAAGGGUUUCGAGGCUGAAUUUAAGAAGAGUGAAACCUCCAUCCACCUGAAGAAACCCUCAGCCUGUUGGAGCGACUCGGCCCAGUACUUCUGUGCCCUGAGUGACACAGAAGGAAACUAUCGACUGAUCUGGGGCUCUGGAACCAAGCUAAUUAUAAAGCCAGAUAUCAAGAACCCCAACCCCGCAGUGUACCAGCUGAAAAGCCCUAAAUCCAUCAACACUUCCGUCUGUCUAGCCACGGAUUUUGAUUCUCAAAACAAUGUGCCAGAAGUCACAGAUUCCUUAGCAUACAGCUCCAACAGCACCGUGCUGGACAUGAAGGCCAUGGACUCCAAGAGCAACGGGAUGCUGGCCUGGAGCAGCCGCAUCGAUUUUAAAUGCGAAGACGCCUUCAACCAGAUCUUCCACCCUGACUCAAAAUUUCCCUGUGAUUCCAAGUUGGCAGAGCAAAGCUUUGAAACAGAUAUGAACCUAAACUUCCAAAACCUGUCGGUGAUUGGGUUCCGCCUCCUCCUUCUGAAAGUGGUCGGGUUCAACCUGCUCAUGACGCUGCGGCUGUGGUCCAGCUGAGGUCACCAAGAAUGUAAGAGCAAGAUGCUCCCUGGCUCCCUGCCUCUCAUCACCCCACCCCUGCCUCUUCAAGCAGAGGUGUACUCUCUGCCCCCCUGGAGGGGAAGGUCCUUCCAACCUCUCUGGCCCCAUUGGCAAUGCCACCAACUGGAUCCUACCAGAUAUUUGUGAUCAAGAUGCUGAAGAGCUGCCAAAUGCUGCUGCCACCCACUCUGUUCCCUCACUGCUACUUGUCACAGCCCGACAUUGCCAGAAAAGGCCGGGGCUGCAGCCCCUCCUGGCUGUGGCGUAACUCCCUAUCCCUCCCCCAGAGACUGCCUCUGAUGUCCCACUGCAUGGGGGAUCCCCAGUGGGGUGUCUGGGGCCUUAGCUCCUGGAGAAUGUUGUGACUAGUUUAUAUUUUUUAAAUAGUGUUCAUGAAAAAAUACAUAUCACUCUUUUCCCAAGAUGUGGGGGAAAUUAUCCCAUUAUCUAGGCCCUGCUAUGCUGUGUCUCUCAGCGCCAUUGUCUAUUCUGCUGUCAUGGCUUCAGUAAAAGCAGCUUGGAGGAGA